GCCGCAUCCCAGCAGCGACCCUCCCCUCCCGUUUCUCUCCGCCUGGAAAGAUGGCUGCUCCGGCGGUGGUGAUGAGCUCCGGCCCGCCGCUCUGCCCGAGCUUCGCGGAGGUCUGCUCGUUCCUGGACCGGUACGGACCGGCGCUGGACUUGCCCGAGAUGACUUUCCCGCAGAUGGAGCGGUAUCUGCGGGACACGACGACAGUUCCUAAACCGCUAGUGGAGCUCCACGUCAAGCUGCUCAGGAAACUGGGGAGGUCUGUGACGACCGACCGCUGGGAGAAAUACCUGGCAAAGGUUUGUCAGGAGCUGAACAGCACGUGGGCGUGGGAGCUGGAGCAGAAGGGCUACCAGGAGAUGUCCAUGGAGUGUAAAUCCAGCAUCCUGAAGUAUCUGUGUGAGUGUCAGUUCGACGACAACCUGAAGUUCAAAACCGUGGUGAACGAGGAGGACCCGGAGAAGAUGCGCCUGCAGCCGAUCGGGCGGGACCGGCAGGGCCUGAUGUACUGGCUGCAGCUGGACCAGGAGCAGAACGUCCGGCUGUACACGGAGGAGCAGGACGACCUGGACGGGUCCACCUGGAGGUGCAUCGUCAGGACUCGGAAUGACCUGGCCGAGGCUCUGGAGCUGCUGAAGGCUCAGGUUGGCAUGAACCAGGACCAGGACCAGGACCAGGACCAGAACCAGAGCCAGGCGUCCAGGAGGAGCAGCCCUGCAGGGAAAGAUGCAGAUGAAGAGUUGGUUGACUCCAAGCCCUCCAACAGAGAAGAGCCCACCGACUGCAGGCUCCGCCCCGAGGAGGAGGAGGAGGGGCCUUCAGCUCCAGUGGUGAAGCAGGAGCAGCCGCAGUCCGUGAAGCAGGAAAACACCCAAGCCGAAGUGGACAAAACCAGAAUCGACCACAAGCCGUCCGUCAUUGACAACCGCGUGAGCACCAUCACCACCGUCAUCAAAUCCGAGUCCAGGGACUCCGCCGACGGCCCAGCCAACGCCGUGUCGGUCGUCAUGGCGCCCAGCAAGACCGUGUUGAAACCAGGGGCGACCAGGGAGGAGGAGGCAGAGCGGGCGGUCGUCAGGAGCAACCAGCAGGCCAAGAUCCCCCUGAAGAAGAGAGAGCUGAAGCUGGCCGAGAGCUUCCCCAGCAGCCUGCCCGGCGGCGGCGGCGGCGGCGGCGGCUGCAGCAUCAUCGUGUGUAACCCCUCGGUCAUUCAGACCAACGACAGUCAGGCCAGAGAGGGGAAGCUGUCCAACUCCACAGCGCCCCCCGCUGCCCUGGCUGUCCCACAGCAGAAGACCAACGGCAGGCCGUCCCUGCCCCUCCCCCACACAGAGGGGCAGAAUGGAGUUCUGGGUCCGGUGGGACCGGCGGGUCCGGUGGGCCACGUGGGGGUCAUCCGCAGCCCGUCGGAGCGCCUGAACGGCCCGCGGCCCGGCAGAGCGGACGAGGAGAAGGAGCCGGGCCGGCAGUCGGUGCUGGUGAGGAAGGCCGCUCCUCCUCCUCCUCACGCCGCUCCCAGGGACCUGGACCGGAUCCCCGAAGCCGCGGACGGCGGACAGAGGACCGCGGGGGACCCCGUCUCCCCGUCUCCGAGACCGGCGCCGGACGACGGAGGGAGAGGAACGAAAGAGGAGCCGAAGGAGGAGAGGAAGACGGGUGUGGACGGGAGUCCGCGGAGGGAAGACGCCCAGAGCGUUGACGGGAGGACGGAGACGAGCGUCCGCGCCGCAGACAGGCCGAAGACAGGCGACCGGGAAAACGACACGCGCUGCUGCAGCGUCUCGCUUCUGAAGGUCGACCAUCAGGAUAAAAAGACCCUUCAGGGGGAGGGGCUCAACGGCGGGCUGGCAGCCCCAGGUAAGGACGCUGUAGCGGCAUCAGAGGGCAGGAAGGUUCCCAGAGAGGAGGCCUCCUCGGAACUCCAGAAAGAAGGAAUCCGGCUGAAGAUCAAGAUCCCGCCUCACCGGAGAAACAAGCUGCGGGGGAGGGGAGGCAGAGCGCCGGAGAGGGAGGCCGAGCCGGAGGUCCAGGAGGAGGAGGGGGGGCGGCCUCUGAGGAGGUCGGCCAGGAUCUGCAGAUCAUCUGCUUUGCCAACCUGCAGGCCGAGCUCCAAGGCCGCCGCCAGCGCCAGGAAGAAGCCCCGCGGCAAGCAGGCUCCUCCCACCAAAGGCAGGCAGGACGAGGACCGGGACCGGGACCGGGACGAAGACGAGGAGGAACGCGGCUUGAAAAACAGAAAAGCUGAAGCAGUGGGACCGGUCAGGAAACGAAGGGGCAAACGGCGGCACCGACACCCCCGCUGGUCCAACAUCCGGGCCAAGAGACGCAAACUGGACGAGGGGGAGGAGCUGGAGGGAGGAGGAGGAGGAGGAGGAGGAGGAGGAGGAGGAGGAGGAGAGGACGACAGCAAAGCAGGGAGCUCCUCCUCCUCCUCCUCCGAGUCCUGUAAAUCAGAGGAGAUCCACAGUGAAGACGCCUGUUCUCACUGCGGCCUGCCCAACCACCCCGAGCUGAUCCUGCUGUGCGACUCGUGUGACGGCGGGUUCCACACCGCCUGCCUGCGCCCGCCGCUCAUGCUCAUCCCCGACGGAGAGUGGUUCUGUCCGCCCUGCCAGCACAAACUUCUGUGUGAGAAACUGGAAGAGCAGCUGCAGAAUCUGGACAGCGCCCUGAAGAAGAAGGAGAGAGCAGAGAGGAGGCGGGAGCGGCUGGUCUACGUUGGAAUCAGUGUGGAGAACAUCAUCCCUGAGGGCGACGAGGACGGAGAAGAGGACAAGUCCACCAAGAAGAAAGAUCCCAAGAAGAGCAGGAACCUGGGAAGGAGGUCGACCCGAACCAGGAAGCACAUCAGCUACAGGUUCGAUGACUUUGACGACGCCAUCGACGAGGCCAUCGAGGAGGACAUCCGAGACCUGUGUGGGGCAGGAUCCGGGCGAGGCCGGGCCAUCGCCGCCAUCCUGUCCCAAGACGGGAAAGACGCUCAGCGGCCAAUCAGGAGUCAGACCGUCGCUGCCCGGAACAGGAAGAAGCGGCGUUUGAACGACUUGGAGAGCGACAGCACGGUGGCGGAGAGCGAGGACGAGUUCCUGCUCAGCAACAGCUCAGAGGAAGAGGACUUCGGGGCGUCGGGAGCCGAGGACGACGGUGAAGACGAAGAUGAAGACGCAGGCAGCGAGACGGGCAGCUGGGACGGGAAGGCCCGGCACAGGCGGGCGCCCAAACACAAAGCCGGCAGGCCGCCACGCCCGGCGAAGAAGAGGCCGAGACGGCAGCGGAGACGCUCCUCCGAGGAAGAGGAGGACAGCGAUGAAGACAUGGGUUCGGACCAGUUCAGCGACACGACCGACAGCGAUUCUGACAAGAAGAGGCAGGGCCUGAGGCGGGGCCAGAGCCAGCAGGUCAACUACAGAGAGACGUCGGAGUCGUCGGACAACUCGCAGUCGCCGGCCGCCCAGGAGAAGCCCCGCCCCCGAGGGCGACCCAGCAAGGAGCGUCUGUCCAGCGACUUCAGUGACGCGUCGCCGUCCUCCAGAGACACCGAGGAAGAGGACGAUUAUGACGAUGACGAGGAGGAGGAGCGGAGACGGAGUCGAGUCACCAAGAGGAGAAGAGUGGAGGACGCUCUCCGGAGGAGGACCGGACACACCGUGGAGGACGGCGAGAAAGGGAGGCGGCUGAAGAAAAGAGGAGUGGAGGACGGAGAACGAAACCGUAGGACGAGGUUAAAGAGGACGGACAGAAAGGUGGACGACCCGCAGAAGAUGGGCCGGGGGAGGCGCAGGGAGAUCCUGUCGGAGCAGCGGCGGAGGCGCCUCGCCCAGAUGUUGAAGAAACGGCGGCCGUCCACCGACGACGAGGACGAGACAGACAACUCCGAGUCGUCUUCGGAGGAGGACCGACCCGUUCGGAAAAGACUGAACCGCAUCGAUUCCGACGAGGAUGAGGACGAGGACGAGGAGGAGGACGAGGAGGAGGACGGGGGAGAGAAGCCAGCGUCCAACAAGUGUCCAGCGGGGGACAGCAGGACGGACAGCAGGACGGACAGCGACGCUCAGGAACAGGAGACGGGCCGCGGCUCGUCUCCAAACGGACACCAGACCUCCAGGAUCCCCGUCAAGCCCGGGGCCGCGGCAGGGGGGCGGGACCGGCACAACGGCCCCCCGCAUCCGGAGGGGGCGGGGCAGCGGGAGGGGGCGGGGCAUGGGGCAGGGCAGCGGGAGGGGGCGGGGCAGCGGGAGGGGGCGGGGCAGACUGACUGCUUGAACUCGGUCCAGCUCAGCCUGCAGUCCUGAUGGCUGAAAACACGGAUUCUCUGAGAACCUCCACCCAGACCCCCCUCUGGAACGCCACUCCUCACUCCUCCUCCUCUCACUCCUCUCACUCCUCCUCCUCUCACUCCUCUGGCUCUUCCUCCUCCUCCUCUCACUCCUCUCACUCCUCCUCCUCUCACUCCUCUGGCUCCUCCUGGGCUCUAGGGGGCGCUGUGGCUGGACGCUAACCCUCCUGAGAGGCUGAGGGUGGCAGCAGAGGAGGAGCAGCUCAUGAAGUCCAGCUGCUUUCUGUUCUCAGUCGUCACUUCUGGAUUUUUGAGGGUUGAUCCAAAAAAACCCUGAAAACAUUUGUCGUCUAAACUUGAGGAAAUAGUCCCAGAGGUCUACAGCUCUGCUGGUGGUCUACAGCUCUGCUGGUGGACUACAGCUCUGCUGGUGGUCCCAGAGGUCUACAGCUCUGCUGGUGGUCUACAGCUCUGCUGGUGGACUACAGCUCUGCUGGUGGUCCCAGAGGUCUACAGCUCUGCUGGUGGUCUACAGCUCUGCUGGUGGACUACAGCUCUGCUGGUGGUCCCAGAGGUCUACAGCUCUGCUGGUGGUCUACAGCUCUGCUGGUGGUCUACAGCUCUGCUGGUGGUCCCAGAGGUCUACAGCUCUGCUGGUGGACUACAGCUCUGCUGGUGGUCUACAGCUCUGCUGGUGGUCUACAGCUCUGCUGGUGGUCCCAGAGGUCUACAGCUCUGCUGGUGGACUACAGCUCUGCUGGUGGUCUACAGCUCUGCUGGUGGUCUACAGCUCUGCUGGUGGUCCCAGAGGUCUACAGCUCUGCUGGUGGUCUACAGCUCUGCUGGUGGUCCCAGAGGUCUACAGCUCUGCUGGUGGUCUACAGCUCUGCUGGUGGUCUACAGCUCUGCUGGUGGUCCCAGAGGUCUACAGCUCUGCUGGUGGACUACAGCUCUGCUGGUGGUCUACAGCUCUGCUGGUGGUC